CACUCCAAAAUCGAAAAUGGGUCAUGUGCAUGUCACAUGAAAAACAACUUCAUUUUAUCGAAAAGGUUAAGGUAGAUAGAGUAACAUGUGAUGUUGAACGAUAAUGAUUAAAAAAAAAAAAAAGCAAAAAUAUUCCCUUCAACCCUUUAAAUUAUACAACUUUCUCUUCAAAUAGGAACAAUGAACAGCUUUUUAAAAAAUCCCAGAAAUUGAACAUUUUGUGAUUAUGGAUGGGUUAAUGAUUUAUUCACGGCUCUUUCAUUGCGGAAAAUGCAUGUGGGUGUGGGUGAGAAAGAGCAAGAGAACGUGGGAAUAAUUGAAUGAAGACUCAGAACCCCCUCUUACAGACUUUCAAACAUAAUUCACAUCAUUAUUUUAUUUCAUUAAAAAUAAAAAAUAAAAAAAAAUUCUAUUUUAAGUUGUCUUCAGUUUCAGAGCUCACAUGCUAUACCUUGUUGUAUUAGUAUUACUUGUCCUGGUCCCUUAUUUAAAGCUGGAGCUCUGAUUGGAAAUGACAAUAAAUGUAAACAAAGUACAUUCAUUCUCAUCACUCAGUCCUCUCAUCACUUCUCAUCCAUCUUUUUUUUUUCUUUCUCUCCUCCAAUUAAUAAUGGCGAAACUCAUUUUUCCAUUGGCGAUCUUGGCUGGACUAGUGCUCAAUAUUUCUACUCAAGUGGGUGCAUUUGCAGCAUCUGGCUGGACUCCAGCUCAUGCUACAUUCUAUGGUGGAAGUGAUGCCUCGGGCACUAUGGGUGGGGCUUGUGGAUAUGGUAACUUGUAUCAAGCAGGGUAUGGUACUAGGACUGCUGCACUAAGCACAGCUUUGUUCAACGAUGGUGCUUCGUGUGGCCAAUGCUAUAAGAUCAUGUGUGACUACAAAACAGACCCAAGAUGGUGUGUCAAAGGGACUUCUGUGACUAUCACAGCCACCAAUUUUUGCCCACCAAACUUUGCUCUUCCAAAUAACAAUGGAGGCUGGUGCAACCCACCACUCAAGCACUUUGACAUGGCUCAACCUGCUUGGGAAAAAAUUGGUAUCUACAGGGGUGGCAUCAUACCUGUUGUGUUCCAAAGGGUUCCAUGUAACAAGAAGGGUGGAGUUAGAUUCAGCAUUAAUGGGAGGAACUACUUUGAGCUUGUUUUGAUAAGCAAUGUAGGAGGGGCUGGAUCUAUUCAAUCUGUGUCCAUUAAAGGCUCAAAAACCUCUGGAUGGAUGUCCAUGUCAAGGAAUUGGGGAUCUAAUUGGCAGUCAAAUUCCUAUCUCAAUGGUCAAUCACUAUCAUUUCAGGUCACCACUACUGAUGGUGUAACUAGACAAUUCAUAAAUGUUGUUCCUGCAAAUUGGUCAUUUGGCCAAACAUUCGCAACUCGAGUCCAAUUCUAAGCUCGAAAACAGUUUAGGGUUCAGGGUUUAGGGUUUUGAUCGGAUAGGCCGAGGCGUGCUUGGUAUUUUCAUGAAGCAGCCCGCCGCUAUUUUCUGGUCAUCCAAUCAUAUGGUUGAAUGAAUAUUUUGGGGAGCAAAAACCUAUGAACUCAAGGCUACUAUUUUAAUUAUUCUUCCUUUUAUUUCUUAAAGGAAAAGGCAUAGCCAAGGAUGUUUAUCCUUCCUUCAUGUGUGGAUUUUGUAUUUGUUAUAGCACUCAAAUAAGAAGUGCAUUAAAGGUGCAACUUCGUCAUGUAGAAAUAUUACUUUCACAGUUUACAAUCCUUGUAAUACGAAAUCUUGUUGUAAUAGUCAUAUUAUUUAAAAGUUGAAUGUACUCUUUAUAAAGUAA